AUUUCCACUUGAAGCGUCUAAGAAAAGAAGACAAAUAAUGAAGAUUCUCAGCGCUUCUCUCCUUGUUUUCACGUUGGCUUUUACGAUCAAUAUUAUUGUUGGAAAAGUGCUUUCCACUGGUGAAAUUGAUGAAAAUGUUGGUCUUAAUUAUAACGAUGAGUUCAAAAUUCUGAUUUUAUGCUUAAUUCGAGCUAAGGAAUUGGAGUCUCUUGGAUACGUUAAAGAAGCGAAAAUGAUGGAAGAUAUUGAUUUUUGUAAGGCUACUAUGAAACAGAAAAGAGAAACCAUACCCUUUUUUGGUUAA